GUAACGACUUUGGCGUCCCCUCCUUUUCCAAACACCAUUCCCUUCCUCACUCAAAAACCAUUUGUCUCUCUGCUUCUUCUACUUCUUCUCCUCCUCCGAUUCAACAUGCACACCUUUCAAGCCGCUUCCAAAUCGAUUCAACCUCUAAUCAACACCUUCAAAAAAUUCUUUGUAUUUCCCCUAAAUCUCUCCAAUUUUUUGCUUCUCUUAGCCAGAGCCGCCCUUCUCCUCUGUCUCAUCGCCUCCAUGUUACUCGCCAUCCACUCCGCCUUCAUCUCUGACCCCCGCCGCUUCAUCCUUCCUCGCCGCACCCGAACCGCUGUCUCUGAACCGGACGCCCACAUCUCAGACGCCGCCACCAACAUAUCCCACAUCGUAUUCGGAAUCGGCGCCUCGGUUCAAACGUGGGAAGAUCGCAGUCUCUACACUCAUCUCUGGUGGGAUCCGAAUCGGAAUCGUGGGUUCGCUUGGCUCGAUAGGGAACCGAGAAAAACCCAACUCGUUCCGCAUCGGGUGUCGGGGCAGUGCUCCGGGCCGGAUUACUCGUGUAAGUCGGCGGCGGUUCGAAUGGCUCGAAUUGUAGUGGAGGGUUUUAAAUUGGGGUUAAAAAACGUGAGGUGGUUCGUGAUGGGAGAUGAUGAUACGGUGUUUUUCACUGAGAAUUUAGUUUCGGUUUUAGCGAAAUAUGAUCACAAUCAGAUGUAUUACAUUGGCGGAAACUCCGAGAGCGUGGAGCAAGACGAGAUGCACUCGUAUGAAAUGGCGUUCGGCGGCGGCGGAUUUGCGAUCAGUUACCCACUCGCCGCCCAAUUGGUGAACGUGAUGGACGGGUGUCUUCAACGCUACCAUUUUUUCUACGGCUCUGAUCAAAGGGUUUGGGCCUGUAUAUGCGAGCUCGGUGUGCCACUCACCAGGGAACGAGGCUUCCACCAGUUUGAUAUAAGAGGUCAACCUUAUGGGAUUUUGGCAGCGCAUCCAGUGGCGCCACUUGUAUCUCUGCAUCACCUAGACAGCGUGGAGCCAUUGUUUCCUAACAAAACAAGGAUUGAUUCAUUGAAAUUACUAAUGGAAGCAUACCGGGUCGACUCGAGUCGAAUUAUUCAGCAAAGUGUGUGUUAUGAUCGGAGGAGGAAAUGGUCUGUCUCCAUUGCUUGGGGCUAUACUGUUCAGAUAUAUCCUUUCUUGGUGACAGCCACGGAUUUGGAGAUUCCAUUUCAGACGUUUAAGACAUGGAGGAGCUGGAGCAAUGGACCCUUCAGCUUCAAUGCACGACCUGUGAGUGCUGACCCGUGCUGGCGACCGGUGGUUUAUUUUUUGAAGGGAGUUCAAGAAGUGGACACGAGGGGUACGAAAACCAGUUACAAAAGGUUCGUGGCCAAGGACGAGAAAGUAUGUGAUAGGCAGGAUUACGGUCGGGUCAUGGCAGUGAAGGAAGUUACUGUCUCCUCAAUGAAGAUGGACACUCAGCUAUGGAUGAAGGCACCACAACGACAGUGUUGCGAGAUUAUGGAUCGGGGAAGCGAUGACAAUAUGUGGAUUAGGAUUAGAAAAUGCAGUAAGGGUGAAACAAUUACCACGUAGAUUCUCAUUUUCGGGAGUAUGUUUAUCUAAUUUGAAUUGAGUUUUAGGCCACAUAAUAACGAUGGCGGAUUGCCCCAUUGUAAAUGUAACAGUUCUAAUAUGAAUACAUACAGGAAAUAUAUCAGAAUAUUUAACAGAGACUGC